GACGUCGGGCCUUUCCGAGCCGCCGGGCUGAAGGGGAACGGAGGCGCCAUCUUAAGACAGCGUCGAAAACCCUUCUCUCCAGAAAAAUGUACCCCACCACGUUGACACAGCUGGCCCGGGCGAACCCCUUCAGCGCCCCGUUAUUCACCCUGCGGCAGGUCGAAGAGCCCAGACAGAGCACCACAGAGCAUGGGCACAGCAAUCGCAGGUUUGCGGCUGCUGCUGUGGCCGACUCGGACGUGAGCUGUGAGUUUGGCUCCAUGAAAUAUUACGCCCUGUGCGGCUUCGGGGGCAUCCUCAGCUGCGGACUCACGCACACGGUGGUCGUGCCCCUCGACCUGGUCAAGUGCCGCAUUCAGGUGAACCCAGACAAGUACAAGACCAUUUUCAACGGCUUCUCUAUCACCCUGAGGGAAGAUGGUGUCAGGGGUUUGGGUAAGGGCUGGGCCCCCACCUUCAUCGGGUACUCCAUGCAGGGUCUCUGCAAGUUCGGCUUCUACGAGGUCUUCAAGAUCGUGUACAGCGACUUCCUGGGAGAGGAAAAUGCCUACCUGUGGAGGACUUCCCUGUACUUGGCAUCAUCAGCCAGUGCCGAGUUCUUUGCCGAUGUCGCUCUGGCCCCCAUGGAGGCAUGUAAAGUGCGCAUCCAGACCCAGCCAGGCUACGCCAACACCCUGAGGGAGUGUGCACCAAAGAUGUAUGCCGAGGAGGGGCUGUGGGCGUUUUACAAGGGCGUGGUCCCCCUGUGGAUGAGGCAGAUCCCCUACACCAUGAUGAAGUUCGCCUGCUUCGAGCGCACGGUGGAGGCACUCUACAAGCACGUGGUGCCCAAGCCACGCAGCGAGUGCUCCAAGCCAGAGCAGCUGGUCGUCACCUUCGUGGCCGGUUACAUAGCCGGAGUAUUCUGCGCCGUUGUGUCCCACCCCGCUGACUCUGUGGUCUCUGUGCUCAACAAAGAGAAAGGCAGCACCGCCGUGCAGGUGCUCAAGAGGCUCGGACCCAGAGGUGUGUGGAAGGGACUGGUGGCCCGCAUCAUCAUGAUCGGAACUCUGACGGCCCUGCAGUGGUUCAUCUACGACUCGGUGAAGGUGUACUUCCGCCUGCCCCGCCCCCCUCCCCCCGAGAUGCCCGAGUCCCUGAAGAAGAAGCUGGGGCUGGCGGAGUAAGGUGGGGCAGCUCCCACACUCCAGUCAUUUUUCUGUAUUUAUAUACCUGCAGCAGCCCACGGCGCUGUGCUGCUGCUUACGCUUACUGAGGACAGAGUGGGGGGGGGGAAGUGACCCUAGCAGGGGGUCAGAGGGAGGGCACAGGAGAUUUUAGUUUACAUGGAGGUUAUGAUUAAAAAAAAAACUGGUCAAACAGUUGCUGGUGUGUUGCUUUUUUGUAAGGAUUUUGAAGGACUGCUCUUCACCUGUGUACAGUUUCCUGUGUUAAAAUGCAGUCAGUGCACAUUUCUUUCCUGUAUUAAAAUGCUGAAUCAUUGCACUUAAGCAGAUCUGUGUCUGUAUUUGAGUUUGUAAGGAGCAUUGUUACUCCAGCUGUCUGGUGGUGUUCGUGAGCUGCUUGCUUUCUGGCAGUCAGGACACUGGAUUAAAAAUGUUACAGCCU